GUUAUAUCAGUAAUGAGUGUGAAAAGACAUAUUGCUUUGGUAGUCUCUACAGAAUGAAUGAAAACUACCAUUACACUUCAGUAUCAUACAAGUUUUCAUCUUAGUCUAUUUUUCACAUGUAGGAGUCCUGUGAAGUAAAAAUUAAGGGGAAACAUUAUAGACCUAAUUUGACAUAAUUAACUGAACUUGAAAAACAGAUAUACUUUGAGAGGUACCUGAGAUUAACCUACAUGGUUAUUAAACCUAUUAAAGACUAUCAAUUACUUCACUAGUCUAGUACUUAUAAAAAGAAAAAAGAAAGAAAAUUCUUUUCAUUUUUAAACUUAAUAUAAUUUUUUUAAUUAACAAAAAUCUACCUGGUCUCUCUCCUACUUUUCCCCAGAUACAGACACAUACAUUCCCAAUUUUUAAAAAAAGAAAAGAAAAGCCCUUAUUUAAAAACCCUUUCCAUUUUCCUUUUUCCCUUAGGUAACUAUGAUUCUCCAAUCCUUAAGUUUCAUCUGUUUAUGCCUUCUGGUUAUUUGCAGUCCAGAACUCCUAGAUCAGAAAGUUAAUUUAAGGGAUUAUCCCUGCAGCAUCAAAAGGCAGAACUCUUCUGUUAUUGCUAACUGCCUAGCUUGUCGACUUCACAGUGUUCCUGAAGGACUGGACCAUAAUGUGACAGAAAUUGAUCUUUCUUUCAAUUUCAUCAAGAAUAUAACAAGUGAAUCAUUUGUGGGAUUGAUCAAUCUUACUAAAAUCAACUUAAACAGCAAUGCAAAUUCUCAAGUGGAGAAUAGGAAUUUUAUGAAAAUUUCAAAUGGGGCCUUCUUUAAUUUGACAAAUUUAAAGGAACUACUACUAGAAGAUAAUCAUUUAAAGAAAAUACCUAUUCAUUUGCCACCUUCCUUAACAACACUUAGCCUUGUACUGAAUAAUAUCUACCACAUCACCGAAAACUGUACUUCUGGACUUACUCAGUUGAAAAGUCUCUAUUUAGGUUGGAACUGUUUCUAUGGCAAUGAAUGUAAAAAAAAUGUUUUGAUAGAUGAUGGUGCCUUUGAAAAUCUUGCCAAUUUGACUGUGUUAUCAUUAUCUUUCAAUAACCUUUCUCAUGUGCCCACCAAGCUUCCACCAUCUCUCAAUGAACUUUACCUCAGCAAUAACAAGAUCAAAAAUAUCAGUCAAGAUGAUUUUAAGAAUCUGGGAAAUUUAAGAGUUUUGGAUCUUAGUGGGAACUGUCCAAGGUGUUUCAAUAACCCAUACCCAUGUACACCCUGUGAAAAUGGUGCUUCAAUUCAGAUACACCUUGAUGCUUUUCAGAAUCUGGGCCAACUUACCCAUUUGAAUCUCUCCAGCACUUCUCUCAGAAGCCUACCUGCUUCCUGGUUCAGCAAUAUGACAAAUCUAGAGGUGUUGCUUCUUGAAUUUAAUUACUUAGUAAAAGAAAUAGCCACUGGGGACUUUUUUACAAAAUUGCCCAAAUUAGAAAUUCUUGACUUCUCUUACAACUAUCUCAAAAAUAGUUAUCCACAAUAUAUUGGUAUUUCUGGUAAUUUCUCUAAAUUAGUCUCUCUCAAGACACUACACCUCAAAGGUUAUGUGUUCCAGGAACUCAGGAAAGAAGAUUUUCAACCCCUAACAAAGCUUCAAAACCUACGGUCUAUCAACUUGGGUAUUAACUUUAUCAAUCACAUUGAUUUUACAUUAUUUGAAGAGUUUAAUAAUUUAAGUCUGAUUUAUUUGUCAGAAAACAGAAUAUCACCCCAGGUAACAAAUAGCUUGGAUGAAAAGAAAAAUUCUCCGUCAUUCUCUAAUCAUGUAGUUCAUCAACGUUCAAUAGAUUCUGAUAAUGAGCCAUUAGGUCAUUAUGAGAUAGAUCCACAUAGAAACUUUUACCAUCAUACUUACCCUUUAAUGAAGCCAGAGUGUACAUCUUAUGGUAAAGCCUUAGAUCUUAGCUUAAAUAGUAUUUUUUUUAUUAAUCACAACCUAUUUGAAGGUCUUCAUGAUAUAGUCUGUCUGAAUUUAUCUUCCAAUGGUAAUGCACAAGUUUUAAAUGGAAGUGAAUUUUCAUCUAUAAACCGCACCAAAUAUUUGGACUUAUCUCACAAUAGGCUGGACUUUGAUGAUGAUGGUGCUUUUCAGGAAUUACAGGAGUUAGAGGUAUUGGACCUCAGUCAUAAUGAACAUUACUUCCGAAUAGCAGGGGUAACCCACCGACUAGGAUUUAUUCAAAAUUUACCCCAAUUAAAAGUUUUAAAUUUAAGCCAGAAUGGUAUUUUCACUUUAACUGAGAAUCAGCUGAUAAGCAAAUCCCUGAAGGAAUUAGUUUUCAAAGACAACCGCCUAGACAUCUUGUGGAAAAAAGAAGAUAAACGCUACAUUGCAAUUUUUAAAGAACUCUCCAACUUGACUUUGCUUGACCUAUCUAUUAACAGGCUCCACAGGAUUCCAACUGAGGCAUUUCUCAACCUACCCUAUAGCCUUGAGGAGCUGAGACUAAACAAUAACCACCUGAGUAGCUUUAAUUGGACAUCACUCCAAUAUUUUCACUCCCUCAGAGUGCUUGAUCUACAAUCUAAUUCACUAUCUACUAUAAAUUUUGAUCUGUCUAAUUCUUCACUGAAGAUCCUAUUGCUGGGAAGAAACAGAAUUUCACACCUCCCUGAUGACUUACUUUCUAAAGCUAAAGGACUUUACCAACUUGAUUUAAGUUAUAACCAUAUAAAAAUGAUCAACAAGUCCACAUUUCAAAUGAAGGCCUCAAAUCAUCUUAAGAUUUUAGAGUUAAGAGGAAAUCCUUUUGAUUGUACUUGUGAAAUUAGGGAUUUUCGUAAAUGGAUGGAUGAAAAUCUUAAUGUCACAAUUCCUAAAUUGGUAGAAGUCACUUGUUCCACCCCUGGAGAUCAAAUGGGUAAAAGUAUUAUGGAAUUGGAGUUAAAGACCUGCAUUUCAGAUGUUAUUGCUGCCAUCUUUUUUUUCUUUUCAUUCAUUAUUACAGUGAGCUCUAUGGUAAUAGCUACUUUUCAUCAUUUGUUCUAUUGGGACAUAUGGUAUAUUUAUCACUUGUGCUCAGCAAAAAUAAAAGGUUAUAAGUCUGUUUCCACAUCUCAAACAUUUUAUGAUGCUUUUAUUGCUUAUGAUACCAAAGAUACUUGUGUUACUGACUGGGUAAUAAAUGAGCUUCGAUUUCAGUUAGAGGAAAAUGAAGAAAAAAAGGUUCUUCUUUGUCUAGAAGAGAGGGAUUGGGAUCCUGGAAUCGCUAUUAUUGAUAAUCUCAUGCAGAGCAUUAAUCAAAGCAAAAAGACAAUAUUUGUCUUGACCAAAAAAUAUGCAAAAAAUUGGAAUUUUAAAACUGCUUUUUACUUAGCCUUGCAGAGGCUUAUGGAUGACAAUAUGGAUGUGAUCAUUUUUAUCCUCCUGGAGCCAGUAUUGCAGCAUUCCCAGUAUCUAAGACUGAGGAGGCGGAUUUGUAAAAGCUCUGUUCUCAAGUGGCCUGAUAAUCCAAAGGCUGAAGAGUUGUUUUGGCAAAGUCUUAAAAAUGUGGUCUUAACAGACAAUGAUACAAGAUACAACAAUUUGUAUGUUAAAUUCAUUAAGUAACAAUAAAAAAUGGAUCUAUUCCAAAUGGGAGGCAGAGAAAUAGUUGUACAUCUUCCUGGUAUGGUUUUAUGAAAUAGUUUAACACAUUUGUUUUAGAAAAGAGUGUUUCAUGCAUUUUCUGCUACAUGGACUGCAAAAUCACCAUUGUUAUUUAUAGUUUAUCAAUGAACAAAUGAUAUGAUAGGACUGGGAUUCUCUUAUUUCCCUGCAAGAAGCAUUAGUUUUGUUACCACAGAAGCAACAAAUCUGUCUCUAGAAUCUGUUUGAUCCUUGCCUCUUUUGGACACAUUGAGGACAUUAAAAAAAUCCCACCUACAUAAGUUGGGGGCCUUCCACUUUAUUAUUGUACAAAGACCACAUGAUUCAUCUUUGUAAUCUGAUGAUCAAAUGCCUUUCCAUAAGGAGACAAAGAGGGAUGCAUCUAUAUAAAUUAAAUGCCAUAUUUGUUGUAUAUCCUUGCUAUAUAUUAGGGCAAAGUAAACCUCCUUUUGUUAAUUA